AAAAUUCACGUGGUCGAGCACGUGAAUAUCCGGGCGUGCGAUAAGAGGACUGUCAUGGAAGCCGAGACACUGACAGAGGAACGAAUUUACUCUGAACACACCAAAACGAAAGUGGCACAAGCUAAGGUGGCCCUAGAGAGUUACUAUGAAACAUUCCUUUCGGAACACAGAGACCGUCAGAACAGGCACGAAUCUUUGGAGAAAAACAUGGCUGAGUUGAAUAUGUCCGAUUUUGAGAAAAGUGAACGCCGACGUCGUCAGGCUCAGCGUGAGACGGAGUUCUUGCGUUUGAAGAGAACGCGGAUAGGUGUAGAUGACUUUGAAAGUAUAAAAGUUAUCGGGCGAGGAGCGUUUGGAGAGGUUCGUUUAGUGCAGAAGUUGGACACAGGGCAUGUAUACGCAAUGAAAGUCUUGAGGAAGUCAGAGCUGCUUGCUAAGGAACAGGUGGCACAUGUGAGGGCAGAAAGAGACGUUCUUGCUGAAGCGGACAACCCGUGGGUUGUAAAGAUGUAUUACUCAUUUCAAGAUGUUGUCAAUCUUUAUCUCAUUAUGGAAUUCCUGCCGGGAGGUGACAUGAUGAAUUUGUUGAUGAAGAAGGACACUUUGAGUGAGAAGGAAACACUUUUCUACAUGGCAGAGUCUUUGUUGGCUAUCGAUUCGAUUCAUCGAUUGGGGUUCAUACAUAGAGACAUUAAACCGGACAAUCUCUUGCUGGACAGCAAUGGUCACAUAAAGUUGGCCGACUUUGGUUUGUGUACGGGACUAAAGAAGGCACACAGAACUGAGUUCUAUCGAGAUCUGACGGCUGAAAAUUUUGUUCAAGAGCAGACAGAUUUGAAGAAGCGAGUGCAGAGUUGGAAGAAGAGUAGACGAGCAUUGGCUUACUCUACUGUUGGUACUCCUGACUACAUUGCUCCUGAGGUCUUUGUACAGACAGGCUAUACAAAGUCGUGUGACUGGUGGUCACUAGGAGUCAUCAUGUAUGAGAUGUUGAUAGGGUGGCCGCCAUUCUGCUCAGAGUCACCACAAGAGACAUACAAGAAGAUUAUAAAAUGGAAAGAGAAUUUGGUAUUUCCUCCUGAGAAUCCGAUAUCUGCCGAGGCUCGUGAUCUCAUACUGAAAAUGUGUACAUCUCCUAAUGUAAGAAUCGGAAGGAAUGAUGUGACUGAGAUACAAUGUCAACCAUUUUUUCAUGAUGUUGACUGGGAACACAUUAGAGACCGUCCAGCUGCCAUUCCCAUCACUGUGAAGUCAAUUGAUGAUACAUCAAAUUUUGAUGAGUUUCCAGAUCUUGAACUGAAGAAACAAGGUCUAACUGAGGAAGGAGUUGACAGUCGUGACUGGGUCUUCAUGAACUUCACUUUCAAACGUUACGAGUUCCUCACCCAACGAGGAGUCAAAAUUCCCAGUUAGAUACAAAACCCAUUAACUUAAUUCUGUAAAUACAUGACCAAACAUAUUUGAUAUUAACUAGUGAAUGUUUAUCAGAUGGGAUGACGUCCCUUUAUUACAUGCUGAUGGGCUCUCAUUCUGUCUAAAAUAGAUUGAUUUAGCUUUGACACUCGUGUGCAGUCGCCCACAGAUGGCAUGACUGACUCAUUGUAAGGAUCAGUUAUGAUCAGUGUGAUACAGUAGAUGGAUCUGUUAUUAGAAACAAGUAGGAAAUCCUUGACACUAUUUUACAUACAAUAUACAAAAUGUAA